AUGUUGUUUUUGAAAGACACGAACACGGUGAUUAAAGCGUCGGGUAAUGUGGAAUUGUCUCCCAAGAGAUACGUUCGUCGGAUUAUUAGCCUCGACGAGGUCAAGUUUGUCAAGAACGCCAUGAAUGUGAGCAUUAACGAUGUCGUACUUGGAGUCACCGAAGCUGGCGUCAGCUGUUAUUUGAGCUCGAGAUACGAAAAACAUAACCAAAAUGACGCGAAAAAUCCCAACAAGGGCUCUAAUACUCUGCCCAAAAACAUCCGCCUUAGGGUGGCAUGCAUUUUCAAUCUUAGGCCAUGCGCAAAACCGGAGGAUUUGGCUGAGAUGAUGGAGAAGGAGAAGCUGUUGAAGGGAAUGUGGGGAAAUAUAGUCGGACUUGUCGUGUUCCCUCUAAGGAUUUCCCCUGAGGACGACCCCUUAGCUUACGUGCGUAGAGCUAAGGCGACUAUGGAUAAAAAGAAGCUUUCGCUCGGCCACAAAGUCGCGUUUGGGUUUAUGAAGCUAAUGAUGUUGUUGUUCGGAAGCAGGGUGACAGCACGCGUGUCGACUAGAGUUUUCCGGAAUACGACAUUGUCCUUCUCGAACGUGGUUGGCCCACGAGAGGAGAUAACUGUGUUUGGUCAUCCGUUGGCAUACAUUGCUCCUUCGGUUUUCGGUUAUCCGCAGGGACUAGUGAUACACUACCAAAGCUACGCAGAUCGACUCGUGAUAUCCAUUGGAGCCGACGAGAAGCUGCAUCCGAAUCCUCGUCAACUUUGUGAUGAUUUGGUUAGGUCUUUCGAAAGAAUUAAAGAAGCUGUAAUGAAAAAAGGGCUUGUUAAUGGCUCGGAGUUUUGCUAA